UGAACGCAACUGUGUAAACGCAUCUUUAGCUUAAUAAAGCUUGGAUCAGUGUAACUGAAUAGCAAAGAUAAAGAUGAGGACGACAUUUUCUUGUGUUUUGUGUUUUCUGCUCGUAGCCGCAUGCUGCGCUCAAACGACUUCUCCCAAGGUUACGAAAACUGAUGGACUGUUCCAACAAGCCAUCCACCACCUCAAAUAUCUUAUAAAAAUAGAAAAGGACAAUGGCAUGCUUCUUCACUCACCAAUAAAUGACAUCAAGGAGUGUUGUUCUCAGCCUGCGCUUGAGUGCUUCAGGAAACAGCUGACCUCCAACACCCAUAAGAGUCCACUGAAGACGAAACUGGCCAGGAAUCUGGGCAAGCCCAGCAUUAUGAAUAGCCUAAACACCUGCACUGCAGAGGAAAUACAGAAAGCUGAGUGCAUGUCCUGUGAAUCCUACCCCAAAGUCAGCAGCAAAGAUUUUCUGAAGAAUUUACAGACACGUCUGCAGAAGGCUUACAGUCGCCUUUCUUAAAAUACAAUCAUGAUGAUGACUACGUGAAUGUGUGGACAACACUACCUAAAGAAACCCUGGUGUAAAGCACUCUGGAUCAACUCAUCUAUUUAUUGCCUAUUUAUUUGUAUUUUUCCCCAUAUUUUAUUGCAAUAGACUGAGAAAUGCCUUAAUAUGUCUAGAAUUUCUGAUAUGUUGGCAGUGUGUUUAAUGUUUUUUUUACUGCUAAUUCUGAUUAAUACUGUGUUCACAUUAUAAUGUACAUAUAUACUGCAUUAUGUUAUAGUAUUAGUAGUUAUAAACCAGCAUAAGAGAGAAGACUCAAAGUAGACCUGUUGCUGCUAUAGCACCUCCUGAUGUAUGGGCAUAAAAAGAGUUCACACUGUCAACUGAUCUUGAAGAAUAAUGUCUCAUAAUGAGACUGUAUGUAUUGCAUAGUUACCCAGUUGUACUUAAUGCAUUUUUUGUAUUAUUUAGUAUUUAUUUACUAUUAAAAGUAUUUUGCUGAAACUAUAA